AUGUAUACCGAUCCCUUCCGGAUCUGUCCCGACCUCGAACGUGCUGUCUCAUACCCUUACAACCCUCUGCACAAUGAAGUUGAACAAGAGGGAACUCCGGUGCCUGGCCGGAGACCGAUAAAAGUGAUAUCAUCUAUAUUGUUGAGUGGAAUCUUUGUUUUAGCUUUGGUAAUGGUGUUUCUCUGUGUUCAAAGAUCACAAGAGCCAUUAACAGAUGUAAUGGAAAGGAAUCAUCAUCACUCACUUCCAUCUUCUACACCUGUGGGGGUAUCACGUGGGGUAUUGGAAGGGGUGUCGGAGAAGACUUUCCGUCUCUAUUCUAACAAAGGAGGAGUCACGUAUCCAUGGACCCAACCCAUGUUGUCUUGGCAGAGAACGGCUUACCAUUUUCAACCCGAAAAGAACUGGAUGAAUGAUCCUAAUGCGCCAAUGUAUUACAAUGGAUGGUACCACCUAUUCUACCAAUACAACCCUGAGAGUGCAGUGUGGGGCAACAUAACGUGGGGCCAUGCCAUCUCAAAGGACCUCAUCAACUGGGAGAAUCUUCCUUUUGCCAUGGUCCCUGAUGAAUGGUACGAUAUCAACGGUGUCUGGACCGGUUCGGCCACGCUGCUCCCCGAUGGUUCUAUCGUCGUCCUUUAUACCGGCUUCACCAAAGACAAGGUUCAGGUCCAGAACCUGGCCUACCCGGCCGACCCCUCAGAUCCUCGUCUCAUCCACUGGGUUAAGUAUCCCGGCAAUCCGAUCCUGGUUCCACCGCCCCAUAUUCGCGACUUGGACUUCCGAGAUCCCACCACCGCCUGGUUCGGUCCCGACGGCCAUUGGCGCGUUGCUAUCGGCUCCAAGAUCAACGAUACCGGCAUUUCUCUAGUGUAUCAUACCACCAACUUCACCACCUACGAGCUUUUGGAUGGACUGCUCCAUGCCGUUCCCGAAACCGGAAUGUGGGAAUGCGUGGACUUCUAUCCUGUCUCAACCACGGAAAAGAAAGGCCUGAACACGUCGGACAAUUGGCCUGGAGUGAAGCAUGUGCUCAAGGCCAGCCUCGACAACACUAAGAUAGAUUACUACGCGCUCGGAACUUACUACGUAGAGAAUGAUACAUGGAUCCCAGACAAUGAAAUGGCGGAUGUGGGAUUUGGGUUGCGCUAUGAUUAUGGUAAGUAUUAUGCUUCCAAGACAUUCUACGAUCAAAACAAGCAGAGAAGAGUGUUGUGGGGUUGGAUUGGUGAGAGCGACAGCGAGGACGACGACAUAAAGAAGGGCUGGGCAUCAGUUCAGAGCAUUCCAAGGGUGGUGCUGUUUGACCAGAAGACUAGGAGCAAUCUACUUCAAUGGCCAGUGGAGGAGGUGGAGAACUUGAGAUCGAAUCUUAAGGAAUUUAACAAAGUGGUAGUCGGACCUGGAACAGUCGUGCCACUCGACGUCGGCACAGCGACACAGUUGGACAUAAGUGCCGAGUUUGAGAUAGACGGUAAGGCAUUAAAAGGGGCCACCAGAGAUGACAUUGUUGGUUACAACUGCGUCGUGGGUGGUGGGGCGAACUACUUGUGA